UUCAUAGGCUUCUUCAGACCCUCCUCUCAGUUGCAGCAGCAUACAAACCAGCCAACCAAGAAGCUUGUCAUAGAUCAUGGCAACCUCCGCCAUCCAACGGUCAGCAUUCGCCGGCCAGACCGCUUUGAAGCAAUCCAAUGAGCUCGUCCGCAGGGCUGGUGGCAUCGGUGGUGGCCGUGUUACCAUGAGGCGCACCGUGAAAAGUGCCCCACAGAGCAUAUGGUAUGGCCCAGACCGCCCUAAGUACUUGGGGCCAUUCUCAGAGCAAACUCCAUCAUACCUGACCGGUGAAUUCCCCGGUGACUACGGCUGGGACACUGCUGGCUUAUCGGCAGACCCCGAGACAUUCGCCAAGAACCGUGAGUUGGAGGUGAUCCACUCCCGAUGGGCCAUGCUUGGAGCUCUGGGUUGUGUCUUCCCUGAAAUCCUUUCAAAGAAUGGUGUUAAGUUUGGUGAGGCAGUAUGGUUCAAGGCUGGUGCCCAAAUCUUCUCUGAGGGUGGCCUCGAUUACCUUGGCAACCCAAACCUGGUUCAUGCUCAGAGCAUCCUGGCUAUCUGGGCUGUUCAGGUUGUGCUCAUGGGUUUCGUUGAGGGCUACAGAAUUGGUGGAGGACCACUCGGCGAAGGACUCGACCCAAUCUACCCCGGCGGUGCCUUUGACCCACUUGGACUGGCCGAUGAUCCUGAGGCAUUUGCAGAGUUGAAGGUGAAGGAGCUCAAGAACGGCCGGCUGGCAAUGUUCUCCAUGUUCGGUUUCUUCGUUCAGGCUAUUGUCACCGGAAAGGGCCCGAUUGAGAACCUCUACGACCAUGUUGCUGAUCCGGUGGCCAACAAUGCAUGGGCUUACGCCACUAACUUUGUCCCCGGAAAAUGAGCAAAUCCAAACAGAUACAUGAUGUCUCUUCAGCUAGCUGUAACAUUACUCGAAUCUUCUUUCCUUUGCUGAUGUUGUCUUGUUGUUCCUCUGUGCUGAUGUAAUACUACUACUGCCACCGGUAGAAACUCAUGUGUCUGCAAACUACUAUUGUAUCACUUGAAGUUAAGACGCUGAUCUUUGGGCUUGAGCU